AUGUUAUUUUGGUAUUAUCCUUCACCAGGGAACUGCACCUUCGAUGAGAGAACAUUCUGCAGCUGGUCCAAUGAAAGAUACGCCGACCAUUUCGAUUGGGUACUUGGACAAGGAAAUUCUCUAAGCAGUGACACUGGACCAAUUACUGACUACGCAGGUACAUUAGAUGUUUCAUUUUUCUACGCAAUGUACCCUUUGAAAUAAAGUACCGUCUGGAAACUUUAUAUUCAGAUAAAGUAAAGUCCUUACAUGUAUCUUAAUGAUUCGCAGAGUUAACUGACAAAAUUAUGUUAUUUUCAUAUGAAAAGAUGGUGCGAUUGGGUCUUACUCAUGAUCUAUUGGAGGACAGACGAUGAUGUCAUCAUUAACAGAGUUUAACUUUUUCUAUCAAACGAAACAAAUAGAUUCCAUGUUGCCGAGCGUCUGUCUACUAAUAGAUAGAUCCCAGAAGACAUCAAAAUAUGGCGGGAACAACAGUGACGCACUUAUCUGCUCUUUGGGUGCAGAUAUUUUUGUUACACAGAAUAUUCACACGGUUUUUCAGGUUUUCCACGUGUAUUCUUCACUAAUGAAACAUAGCAUUACACCCUUUUUUAUACGCAUGGCCCGACUUACACGCACAAAAUAUUUUUGCUUACGUCAUAUGACGUCUAUCAGGAUAUCCAGUCCUCUGCCGUGAGAACACUUGACUAUUAACAUAAAUUCCCUUUAGAAACAAGGGAAUACCAUUACUUAACAUUUCAACCACGUUUUGACGUGUUCUAUUAUUGAGCGUAUAUCUGUUAAAUUGAUAAGGGAUGCAUUUUACGCUUCCACAGAAAAUGGCUCGUAUAUCUACAUUCAAACGUUAUCCCCUCGAAAGUACGACGAGAAGGCCAGAUUAAAAAGCCCGUGGGUGAGAGGUCCACUGCGGAUGACAUUUUUUUACUCCAUGUACGGCAGCACCAUUGAGACUCUCUCUGUAUAUGUGAUAAUCAAUGGCCGUGAAUCCAGGAUAUGGAGUCGUCAUGGGAACCGCUCAUCGCGCGAUUGGAUCAAAGGCUGCGUGGCUAUAAUCUACGAAGUGACUUAUCAGGUAGUUCAACUACCUUUUUCCCUAAGAAAACAUUAACACUAAGACUUUGGGAAAAUGGCCGAGUGAUUUUUAUUCUUCAUCGGAGAGGGCCAAAAGGUUUUCUAGGUUUUCCACUAUUUAAGUUGCAUAAGGAUCUAUAAUUCAUUACUGGACCCUAACCAUGUCGUCUUAUCUGCUCACAGGUAGUAAUAGAGGGCAUCGCAGGUGUGACUUCUGCAUCAAGUAUUGCAGUUGAUGAACUGAUUUUCAGUAAGAACCUAACUUGCGUUUCAGAUGGUGACACUACUCCAUCUGAACUCUUUAAAGGUAAUCCUGUCUUUGUGCUGCUAAACAAGAAGCAGUUUGGCUUGAACUGUAUUAAUUAGGAUUCUUUUCACUUGCAUCGAAAAUACUCGUGUCGCUUCUUAAUGAGUCAGACUGAUUUCUCAAGGCAAAAUUUCAUGGAAGAAAACGUUCCCUUCACCUAUAACCUCAAAGUAAAAUUAAAACCCUUGCUUCCCUGUAAGCGGUAAACUUAAGUUGUUCUUAAGGACAAUUGAUGUAAAUAUUAUACCAUGUAAAUUAAUCUAGCAAUUGCUGUCCGAGACCGUAUUUUAUUGCCUUUUUUUAAUGCAAUUUCAGUGAACUGCACCUUUAAAGAGAGUUUCUGUGGAUGGCGAAAUCUAUUUGCACCUUGGGAUCAAAUCGACUGGAGGAGAGGAUCAGAAAACUCAAGUGAACAAAUUGAAGCGAGCGGUAAUCUCACUGGCGAGUAAAAGACGCCACCGCUAUUGUAGUUUUAUUGUCCACCACCUACACAAAAUGCUCAACUUUAGGGGAAUUGAUGGCUUCACCACCGAUGAUAAUUCAACUUCUGCUGAUAUUUUUACCUUUGACGAAGCGGUUAUUCCUUAAUGAAAGGAAAAAAUUCAUCGAUUCAAUUGAGACGUAUUUCGGUUCAUUGUCGAAGAAAGCCAAGGUUUUUUAUAAUGUAAUAUUCACCUAUCCACUACUAAUUCUGUGCUUAUGCCUUUCUUUUCAGUAUCAAGAGGAAGAAAUUACAUUUACAUCGAAGAGUUACAAUCUGACAAAGUAUAUCAAGCCGCUCAGUUAUCGAGUCCAUUCGUUCGGGGACCAAAAUGUUUCCGCUUUUCUUAUCGCUUGUCCGGACGUGAUGUGGGAAGACUGGAUGUCUUGCUUCAACUUCGAGGGCGACAAGGAAAUUACUUAAUUUGGAACAAGUCAGGAGAUCAGGGAAGUCGGUGGAUAAAGGCUAGCGUUGAUAUUGGUUAUACUGACGAGUGUCAGGUACACACAUUCUAAAGGCAGGAAACAAUGAGAUGAUGUUUACUCUUCUAUACGUGGGUCUUACGUUUUCUAUGAUCCCGAGAAUUGCAAUCUGUAUAGAAUUAUAUCUGUCAUCGUGGUAUAAAGUAAUAAGAAGUAAUACUCCCAGUCCUGGCAGUUCCAGUUGGCCACAGGUGUUAACCCUGUCCAUAGAUAAACUUUUCAAGCAAUUAGAUUAGACUGCAUUGUCACAAAAUAAAUAAAUAAAUAAAAAGAUAUGAUUUCAAUGAUAAUUCCUAUCACAGAUUGUCCUACAAGCAACAGUUGGCAAAAACUACACAAGUCGUCUAGCCGUCUGCGAUGUCAACGUAGUUGAUGGACUAUGCCAUGACGAGAGGGAAUAUAACACCGACGUACAAGGUUCUUGUCAUGCUUCUGUUCAAAGUAUUAAAGAACCAUUUAUGAUUCUCUCGUCGCUUGGUUUUUUGAUGGUCUGUUAUAAAAUACGCAAUUUUCGAGCUUUUGUUAUAACUUUCUUAUUUGUCAACUUUACAGAUAACGGCUAUCACAUUUUUUAUUUUUAGGGAAUUGUAACUUCGAUCAUAACUUGUGCUUUUGGAGGGGUGAUUUCAAUUUCAUCUACUCAUGGAGAAGAAAACGAGGCAGGACAUCAACCUCUCAGACUGGACCCAGCGGGGACCAUACUUCAGGUAAAACGAAGUAAAUAGUACUUGUGAAAACUGGUAUUUCCGCAUGUGGGGUGAAUAACUUUAAGCAGAGAUGGAAGAUAUAAAAUUUAAUCCAAGUGGUCAUAACAUAAUACUAGUUUUCUUUCGAAAGGAUCUGGUUAUUACAUUUAUAUCGAGACAUCGGGAUCUAGAAAGAUGGGAGACACUGCAAGGCUCACGAGUCCGUGGCUGCGAGGACCACUUUGCAUGACGUUCUACUACCACAUGUAUGGCUCUUCCAUGGGAUGCGUUGCUGUGUACAUAAGACAGGCUGCAAAUAGAUUACAACCGCUUUGGCUUAGGACUAAGAAUCAAGGAAACAGAUGGAUUCAAGGGCAAGUUAGCAUAAACGAUACUUCAAGUUAUCAGGUGGGAUGUCACUAUUUGAAUCAUAGCCUUUGCUCAAGGUGGCUACAGUCAGAAUAGAUUUAUCGUUUCCGCUAUAAAGUGAGUUCUUAUAUGACUUCUGCCAUUUUAAUUUCGCUGUUAAUUAUAACAGUCUUCCAAAGUAUACAGAUUUCGUUGGAAUUUAUCAAUCAAAGCAUGCAUUACAUAACAGUCUGACAGGUUUAAACCUCAGGGAGACUAAACGCUGGCUGCGACAUCGUUCUCUGGUGGAAACAACAAACAGGAGAGCUUUGAUAUACAACACACGUUGUCUCUCAUCUUGUUUAAGUGAGAUCGCAAGAUAGCUUGGAAGUCUCUUUUUCUUUGUCAUUUCUAGAUAAUAAUUGAUGGCAUCACAGGCACAAGCUAUCGUGGAGACGCAGCCUUGGACGACUUCACGUUUCAACACGGACUUUGUCACCAAUUAAGUACGGCAAUAUCAAUAUCUUUUUCCGAUUCAAUAGAAAAUCAUUUGGGCACACGAUAACGGCGUUUACUUAAUUUUUUAUCUUUCGAGCAUUAUCUUAAUGUAGUUUUUUCAGUUUUGUGUAUCGUGGAGACGCAGCCUUAGACGACUUCACGUUUCAACACGGACUUUGUCACCAAUUAAGUACGGCAAUAUCAAUAUCUUUUUCCGAUUCCAUAGAAAAUCAUUUGGGCACACGAUAAGGGCGUUUACUUAAUUUUUUAUCUGUCGAGCAGUAUCUUAAUGUAGUUUUUUCGGUUUUGUAUUUGUUGAGUAGAAAAACAUGAUCCAUGAUUCCAUUUGAAUUUAUUAUUUUAGGUAAAGCAACGUUCUAUGUGUCUUCCCUUAAGGGAAACAAAUUCAGAAUAUCCACAAAACCUUCUGGAGACAAUCUGUACUUCGACGAAUUCUUAUUCGCUCUCGAACAUCCACGAGGAAAUCCGACAGAGAAGACUUAUUUCAUCUACCCCCAUUCAAAGGGACACAGCUUCGUUACCACAAAGCUAGAUAUUUCUAAUUAUGAUAACUAUCCUUUGGAUGUUGUUGUCCUCAACCACAAGGAGUUGUCACUGAAUUGCAGUAAGAUUUUUUUCAUUAGCAGAGAUGGGGCUGGGCCUAUGAUAACUCUUGAAGAUCCCGGUCUUAAGGAUUGUUGCAAAUGCAAGGCGAAUUUCUCUUUUUAUGCCUGCAAUGUGGUUCAAUCAGGUGAGAAAGUGACAAAGUCUGUUUAAGUUAAAACUCAAACAGAUUUCUUUAAAGUAUAUAUUUUAAGGAAACAAGUAGAUUUCUCUGCCCCCAUUAUUUUUUGCUUUUCGCGUCAUAGAAAAUCUCGAGAGAUAUUGAGGACAAGGUGGAAGAUCCCUAUGCAAAUAAUGGGAAGUCGUGUACAUGAUUAUUUUCAAUUUUAUCACUUAUAUAAAAAAGACGUGAACAAUGUUUCAAAAUAAGGCAAACGAGGAGUUGUUCUUUUAAGAGUGUGACUCACUUAUCCACACGAAUCAUCUGUUGCAGUGGUGUAUUUUAUUGGGCUUGUUUUAACUAGAGAAGUUACUAUGGGAAAAAUCCAUGAACAAUUUUUUGCAGGUAGCCGUUCUAUUUCUGGAUGUGAACCUGGUUGGUACAAACUAGGAGAAACAUGUUUCAUGUUUUACUUCCAAUCAUCGAAGCAGUGGCGGUUUUCCCGAAACCUGUGUCACAAACAGAAGAGCGAAAUCGCUAUCGUCAAUAGUGCAGAGCAACUAAAGGCUCUUGCAGAUCAGAGGAAAAAACUCCAGCGUGAAUACCACGGUCUUACACUUGGUCUUGAAAGCAACCUACGUUGGGUUUGGAUAGAUGGUGAGAAUGCAAAAAGUAAUAAAAACCUAUGGGGACCAUGGCAGCCAAGCGGAGACGGUAAAUGUGGAACUUUCUCAAAUGCAAUUGGAUGGAAUUCAAACUGGGCUGGGUACGGAUGGCGCUGGAAUGAUCUAUACUGCACGAGCCGUGAAGGAUAUAUUUGUGAAGAACCGUUAGGUAUGCGUUUUAUAUUGGUGGCUGGUAUAUAAAGGUGAUUUAUUGUUUGUUGAAAUUCCUCCGAACUACUUUUUUCAAAAAGAAUUCUCGCCACAGUCAUUUAUGUAGCUUAAAGACUUUUCUCAUCUGUUCAAUUGAAAGACUAUGGAGGAAUAUUGUUGAACUAUAACAAAUCUGUUUCUUUUCCAAGAUGUCCCCUUACCAGUGGCUCUCUUUUCUACAAGUCGCACCGAUGGAGUUGUUGACCAGAAUCCAAAUGGAGCCACCAAAGCAGUAUCUAAUAACAUCACCCUGACGAGAGGUCCCUUGGGUAAUCCAGUUGGUUCCUUUCUCUUCAGUGAUUUGAAUAACAGUUACGUGGAAGUUGAAAAUGAUGGAGAACUCGAUACAAGGUUUUCGAUGAGUGUUUUUGCAUGGGUGCACCCUAACGCGUCUGCCACUCGUGCUGGUCCAAUAUAUGAUUACGGUUGUUCGAUGUGGGUUUUUCCUUCAACUUGGGGACUUGAAAUUCAUUAUAUGGUUAGAGAUCGUUCUAAGAUUCACCUAUUGCGUAAGGAUGGUGUUAUUAAAAUAAAUGAGUGGAAUUUUAUAGGGACCACAUACGAUUAUCACACGGGCGUUGCGUCUGUGUGGGUAAAUGAUGGCAUGGUCAUAAACAAGUCUAUUGGAUCUAACGUGGAACUGGCGACUCAAGGAAAUCUUACGAUAGGAGCGUCUAACAACCGUGAGGUUCAAUUUUAUGGCAAAGUUUCCUGCUUGCAGUUCUACGCUCAAGCAUUGUCCUUGGAUCAAAUUAUGAAGAUAAAGACAAGAUGCAAUCAAACCAGUAAGCAUGUCUAAUAGAUGUUUCUGUUUGGGGCUUGUUUUCUCAAAAAUACAAAAUUUAUUCCCAGUGGUAUUGUUCCAAGAACCAGGCGAUUUUUAUUUUAAUUGACCUUGGUGUGUUUCGUGUAUCAGUCUCUUUUAGAAUGGAGUGGCGUUUUAGCCUCUCUUUUUCUUUUAUUGUUCUUUUCAUGUGUCUCUCCCUUCCUUCUCUCGAUUUCUUUGAUUCAUCUAACCCGCCCUUGUAGGCAAUGCCCGACAUGCAGCUGCAUAAUUUACAGACUCGACGUGAGCCACUUAUUCUUGAAACGUUUACAGGUUUAGAGACACCUCUUGAGGUGGUUCUGUCAUCUGUGGUCUUUUAUACAUAAUAGGAUAACACUUCACUCAACUCAACUCGUCAACCUGGUGCCCUUGGAAUAGUUUUUCUUAGUGUAAGUCAGCCAGGAACUAUACAUGACCUUGAAGAUUUAUUCUAACUUAAUACAUUUGUACCUUUAGUAUUACCUACGACUCCACCAGAUUACAAAAAAGUGGGAUGCUAUCGAGACACAAACAAUCGUGCAAUCCCAAAAUUAGAAGACGCUGACCCUUUGUUGCUCGGUGCCUACCAGGACCGUGAAAACGCAAUCGAAAAGUGCGCCCUCGCAGCUCGAAAAAGAGGUUUUCGCAUGUUUGCACUUCAGAAUGGCGGAUGGUGUGCAGCCAGUGUAACAGCUGAAGAAACGUUUAACAAAUAUGGUGAGAGCAAUCAUUGCCGAGGCGAUGGCAAAGGAGGACCCUGGUCAAACGAUGUUUACAUUAUUCAAGGUUGGUCGAUUUUAUCAACGUAACGUGACAAUUUGUGUUCCAUAACCUAAUAAUUAAGGAUUUCUUCUCGUAUUAUCGAGGAAAAAAGAAUCCAUUUCCGGACAAUUCUAACAGAUCAAGAAAAUGGGCACUAAAGCCAAAAAAAAAAAAGACACUGGCUAAAGAGAACGAUUUGUUUAACUUCACAAGUCGUGGUCGCAGUUGUUGGGCAGGACUUGAAAUAGCGGACUCCGUGACAAGGUUUAAGGUUUAAGGUUUUACCUUACCUUCGUUUGUAAAGUUAGUCUUUGGAAUCUCAAAACUCUCUCAGUUACAUGACUUAAUGUGUACUUUUUAAAGACGGCUUUAGAAAAUAAAUGGUACUUCUCUUUUACAAGGAAUAAAAGGCAUUCGACUGCAGCGACCAGGAUAUCCCGCCUUAUGUACCCCUCGUUAAAAAAAAUGUGAUUUUCAUUUAAAUCACAUUUCGACAACUCAUUUCAAAUCUGUAAGAGAAAACGAAAUCAGUCGUUUUAGUGGUAAUUAAUUUAUGACUCGCGCAAACUUGUCCUAUUUUAACAACUCCUCCUAUUUUGGUCCAUAAAAGUGCUAUUCUGUGUACGCUCUAUUAAGCUACAUGUACCAAGCUAUGAAGGUUUUCAGUGUCUUGGGCACCAGGACAAAGAAGGUAAUUGUAUAAAAAUAUCGUAUGUGAAAUCAACACGUUUAAGAAAAUGUAACAGAAUUCACAGACAUAAAUCAAUUGCCUCGAAAGCUUUCUUGACGAACAUUCGGCAUCAGAAGCGAUUUUUGAUCUAUGAUGCUGCUUUUCCUCUAAACACGUUUUUGGGUUUUCCUUGCCUUAUGCACUAAUGCUAAUUUUUGCAAAUAAGUGAUUUAUAACAUACAAACAAAGAAUAUUAUUGAAUUAGUGACUUUAAUGUAGUUCUUUUUUAUGUCGAUAGUCUAAGGUUUUUGUAGCACGGUUUCCUAGGAUCGUUGUGGUAUGGUAAAACUUUCUCGCUAAACCAGAUAUUAGCCAUGCUUUUACUAACUGAUAAAACACCAGGCAUGUCACUGAUCUGUUUAAUUGAACUCAGUUAUUUUCUAGUGACGAAAAUGUUUUACUUAAAUAGAUUAUAUCAAUGUGGGGUGCUACAGAGACUCUCCAAAUCGCGCAGUUCCGGACCUAGAAAGAACAGAUCCAGUCUUGGAUGGAAAUUUUCGUGUACGUCAGAACGCUGUUGAAAAGUGUGCUAUUGUGGCUCGCAAAAGAGGUUUCCACAUGUUUGCAGUUCAAAAUCAUGGGCAGUGCUUGUCCAGUGCUACAGCAGGAGAAACGUUCGAUAAGUAUGGCAAGAGUGAUAAAUGCAGUGACGACGGCAAAGGAGGGCCUUGGGCAAACAAUAUUUACGCAUUUAGAGGUGGGGAAUAUCUCUUUUGACACCUGCGCAAUUUAUGGGUCGAUUUGAAAUCAUUUAGUUUGGUACUAAAGCCAAAUAAGAUCAGUAAAUUAUUGAUAUCGCCGUUGAUGAGAACAUUUCAAACUUUAACAAGCCACUGUUAUCGACUGAGUAGACCCAAUACUGAAACUCAAGGCAGAACAACUCGUGAUUCCAAUUCCCUGAUAACUGUGUCAUGUAUUAUAAUCAAAAACCAUAUGGUUCUGUUGACAAGAUUUUUUUGUUUCUUUUCCAUGAAGUUUCUCAAUCAUGGUGCCGUCCGGGCUUUUUCCCCCUUCAUGGCGGUUGCUAUUAUAUAUAUCCUCCAAAAGAACUUAAUUGGCAACAGGCUCUGGAGCGGUGCAAUCGAAGUGGUGGAACCUUGGCUAAGAUAACUCGUGAGGGUUUGAGAUCUACUUUCUCUAAUUUAUUGGAAGAAAUAAGACACUUCAAGCCACAUUAUAACAAUUUCCUUAUUGGCCUGUUGAGCAAGGACGAGUGGACAUGGAUAGACGGCAGUCCGUUAAAUAGCUCGUUUUGGAAGCAAGGAUAUCCAACAACAAUUAAAAAAACCCGUGGCUGUGGUUAUCUAGCGGCUGGCUCAUCGGGAAUAAGCAGUGGUGCAUGUACAAUGAAGAGUUACCCACUGUGUCAGAAAAAAGCCGGUGAGUUGCCAUGGUCAACUCCUUAGUUAUAUGCUAACGAUUUGAAAUUUGUGAAUGCUUCUUUUUCCCUGUUUUUAAAGUAAAGUUUCAUAUAUACAUGUGUGUGUGUGUAUAUAUUGAGAUAGGAAAAAACAUAGGGACUACACUUUCAUCCCGACAAGCCUGUUUCGUGAUGAACUUACUCUUCAUGGGAUUUAAAUGACAGGAAUAUUCGUAACCAUCGUUAACAUCACAGGUUAAAGAUGCAACCUCUGCCCUGAAGAAAAGUUACUUAUUAUCUGCCAAACUGAAUUCUCAUCACUUAACAAACGCAAUGAAGUUGUGUCUUCAUGUCGUCACAAAAACAAAGCGUUGCUGCGUUACAGGUGAACAAAACAUCAAAAUUUACCGCCACAUCAAUUAGGAAAUUUUAUAAUAGCGGAGCUCGCAGAGCGUAGCCCCAUAAUUAUACAAAAAAGUAGUAACCCAUCAAGCCGAAAAAAUUUGGGCGUACGACCGUACGACCGUACGACCGUGCGACCGUACAUGGUGCUACUUUUAACAUGCGUGGUCAACUGUACCGCGGGCACACCAACGCCACGGCUUUGUCCUGUAGUCCAGUGGUCAGUGCACCGGGCUCCGAGUCGGACGACCCGGGUUCUAGUCCUGGCCGGGGCAAGGCGUUGUGCCCUUGAGACGUGAGGGGAAAAAAUGCCAGCUCCGCUUUUAGGCUUGGCUAAAUCUAUUUAUUAUAUUAACGAUGGUUACCAUGAUCAUAUGUGUGUGUAUAUAUAUAUAUAUAUAUAUAUAUAUAUAUAUAUAUAUAUAUAUAUAGGAAGUCUGCAAGUCGAUUUUCGCGUGGAACAGUGCUCAAUACGUUGAAGCAGAGCAGAAUAAAUAUUAUGAGAGGAAAAAACGACGCAACUACAUAUCCCGACAAGCCUGUUUCGUGAAUCGCUUCACUCUUCAGGGGUUUAAUGUCACUCUGAAGAGUGAAGCGAUUCACGAAACAGGCUUGUCGGGAUAUGUAGUUGCGUCGUUUUUUCCUCUCAUAAUAUUUAUAUAUAUAUAUAACUAACUGCUGACAGUACUGUUUCGGCCUUCUGGGCCUCAUCAGUGCAGUGCUGAUGCUAGGAUGGAGGUAAGGCCAUAUAGCCAUGCCAGAGUGCUCAAACUAGAAAAACUAGUGAGCAUGCAUAAUGCUAGCAGCAAUGACUCAUCCUAGUAGAGUGCUCAAUUUGGACAUGAAAGCAAAGCUUUGUAUGCCAAAGAGCUAUAUCUAACUGCAUCCUAGAUAUAUAUAUAUAUAUAUAUAUCUAUAUGUAUAUAUAUGUCUAUAUAUCUAUGUAUAUAUGGGUUAAUCGCAUCAACUGACGUUCACGUUCUCUUUAGACCUACGUCGAGCUCCAACAGACUGAAUAUUCUGUAAUAGAGAGGGGAAUUGGGGCCCAUUAGAAACCGCAAAACCGUAGAAAAAAGUCAUCCAAAACCAAAAAACCGAAAAAACUCGAUCAAAACCGAAAACCGCAUGCAAAACUGUCAAAACCGAUAUAUUUUCACAUCCUAGUUAUUAAAACCCUGAUCGAUCCGAUACAGUGGUGACAAGUGGAGCAUACAGAGUAAACCGCACUAAUUUCAUUAAAGUAUUUGUGGAUGCCAUAGACUUGGCAUUCUUAUUUUCAUGUCCCUGCUUAAACUACAAGCUUUAUUUCGGCUGCUCUCUCGAGGACCUCGAGCGUGGUGUCUGCGAGCUCAGCAGCUGGAAACGGAACCCAGUUAAGUUGAGGAGAUGUGGCGGUAGAUUUUGAUGUUUUGUUCAGCUAUAACGCUGCAACGCUUUGUUUUUGUGACGGCAUGAAGACACAACUUCAUUGUGUUUGAAUGAAUUCAGGACGCACAAAGUCCUCCCGAGUCCUCUAUAGGAUUGAUAUUUUUACUUUGCAUCUAAACUUGUUUUUCUCUCUGAAAUUCUCGCCGCCUUUCCCCACUUCGUAAAAAGACACGACGCUCAUCGACCUUGAACUAAGUGCUCCACAUUGCAAGGUCAAAGUCUUGGGCGUCAUUCAAGACGUGUGAACCUCGUAAAGAUCACUGCGAUAUUGUCACGCAUUCCCCUCACUGACAUUUGCGUUUAGCGAGAUCAGUGGAGCGCGUAAUUGCUGCUCAGAUCGAAGAGAAACCGAAACGCAAAUAGGUCAAAUAGGAAAAACCGAAAACCACAUCGGAUAUCAAAUCCGAAAACCCGUUGGUAUUUUUUCGUGAAAACCGAAAACCAAAUGCUAAAAAAUGGAAAAUCCUUAAACAUCAAUGAACUCCAAAACCGAAAAACCGAAAAACCGAUCUAAAAAAAUAACCAAAAUCGCAAAACUGAAAAUCCCAAUGCCCCCCUCCCAGCAGUAUCUGACUUGCCGACUGAACCUUCCUCUUUAUACUCGUCCUUGAAAUUUUGCAAACCUUUCGAACAUUCAUAUCAAUUAAAAAGUUUAAUUGCCAGAUAUAACUGUGACAUUUUUACUAAAUUAUAGAAGUGUCAUUUUCAAACCGGAGUUUGAUAAGAAGUUCAAGCAUGUUGCAGCCAUUUGAACCUAUCCUGGCCAUAGAUCGAUCUUACUCUACUUGCUUUCGUUCUUUGAAGGUAAGUAAUGACACUGGUUGCUUAAUUGACGUGGUAAAUCUGUUGUUGAGUUUCUCCUCUUCUGGAUCGAAAGCUGCAAUAGCAUUUUCUCUCAUUUAGUGAAAAUGGAUGGACCAGAAAUAUCAUCUGUUCUGGCUUGACCAAAAUACUUUUUUUCCGUGUUUUAUACAUCGCUUUUUACGCUCUUGUGGGUUUAGGAAUCAAAUCCCUGGUGGCAAGCAACCCUUGACAAACCGCUGUAUGUCGUUUCUGUUUCAAUAACCGACAAAAUCGAUUGCUGUCCACGUGACUCUGGAAUCAUCAAUGUUAGUGUGACAACCAGUCAAUCUGGCUUGUCUCCAACGUGUUCCAAAUCGAUGGCGUAUCAUGGAACGACACAUGAAUUCAUUUUUGAUUGCUCACCACCCGCACUUGGAUAUCAUGUGAAAAUAACGUUGACGGGUGAUAAUGUCACGUUAGUUCUCUGCCAUGUUGUCAUAGAAACAGUUGGUAAGUUAUUAAAAAUUCCUUCAUUUAUUUAUUUAUGUGUUUUUGGUGAGGGAGAGAAUGAAGGAAAUCUAGCUUAUUUUAAAUUCUUUGGUAUCAGCCUUCGCACUUGCUUAUAAUAUUUUGAUAAAGAGAUGAGCUAACAUGACGUAAGAUUAUUCCAUUCAUCUAUUCCAGUUUACUUUGGCCUGUUUCAAGUAAAAGUGGACGUGAGAGUAAACACAUUUGUUCAAUGUUUGACUUAAUAUAGAGUCGACCCGAGAGUUACACGGAGUUUUGCGUGAAGGAUGGUACAAUAAAUACGAAUAUGACUCCAAAAAGACGUCAUCUAUGCGUGAACAUCCUCUUAUUCAAGGUCCACCUGAAAGCCGGAUUAUUUUGCGAGAUUUUGAUGCGCCAAUAAAUCUGGCAGAGAACUAUGUUCAACGAUUGACAAGUUACCUACAGGUAGAAUCUCAUCAAAGCAGAUAUAUUUUUUGCACUCACCUGAGAUCAAUUGUAAGGUUUUUGAUGCGCUGUAAGUUACACUUUUCCUUCCGAAAAGUAGGGAGUAUGGCAAGUCAAAGGUAGUAUGAAGGAAUCACUGCAAUCAUGCCUUUUUGACAUGUUAAGAUUAAUUUCAUUGUCGGUGUUGCUGCCGUUUAUGUUGUUGGUGCUAUCGCUUUUUAAUUGAAAAAAUAUAUAUUUGUUAGAAUUUGACCGAACAGGCCAAUUAUGAAAUCCUGUUUCAGGUUUCUCUGAGCGGAAAUUACACGUUUUAUGCGGCGUGCGACGACAUGUGUGAGUUAUGGAAGUAUGAUGUCACAGAGACAGGCAUCAGAAGAGUUGAAAUAGAAUCUGGGGAAAGUGUGACGCCAAUUGUUUAUGUUAAAAGAUGGACACAUUAUCACCAAUGGGACAAGUAAGUGAUGUGCAAGCAGUACAUUACUAUGAUAAUUAUUUUAGUGACAUUUUUAGUUGUUAUUAGAACUGAUAUACUCUAAUUACUUUGUUAUUGAAGGUACCCAGAGCAAACAUCUCAGCCAAUCGUCCUUAAAAAGUGUCGCUUUUAUCGAAUAGUGAUCUUCGGUAGAGAAAAAGGCGGCAACGAUCACAUAUCUGUGGGCAUGCGUAACCCAAAUGGAGAAUAUGAACGGCCUAUUACUGGGGAAAGACUGUUUUGGACUAAACCAGGUAGGGAUAUUCUGACUCGUUUAUUCGGUUAAAGCGGGAAAAUGAAGCGAGAAAAACAUGAACAGAAAGUGCUCCACAAUCAUAAAAAAAAGAAAAACAAGCACACACAGAAACAAGACAGACUGUUUAAUAAAACGAGAUACCUAUGUCUCUCUCUUGGACCCAGACAUCUUUAUCAUGAAGCUGGAGCUCAUAACUUCUCCUGGGAGUUACUGGAAUUUCCUUUUGUUCGGUGCCACUGAUUAAACAAAGAAACAGAGGAGAAAAGACAUGUAGUAGGAGACAAAUAUCUUCAUUUCCAAUGCUUUUUUCGACUGAAGUGUAAAAUUUUAUUUCUCUUCAAAGGGACGCGUAAUUUAGAAAUGUCACUUAAGAAUCACAAGACAUCGAUAUCUGCCUUUGUUGGGUCAAAUUUACUCAUAACAGGUUGGUUUUCUGAUGUUUUUCUACAUCUUCAAGGAUUCCCUCACUUUUAUUGAAAAUAUGGGGAAUCGGAGAGAUUUUAAUGAUCAUGUGGGAAUCACCCCCUCUAAAGGAAGUAGGAGCUCUCUACUAUCAUGAAGGAUCUUGAUAAUAUAUAAUAGUACUUAAAUACUUAUGAAAAAUAACGUUUUCACUCAACGUCAUGGUGGCCAAAAGUUUUACUAACAGUGAAAAAGCGGCCACUUUGGUGUCCAAAUUACAAAAAGAAAAGAAAUUGAAAGAAGCAGCUUCUUUUGUUCCAAUUUCUUUACAUAAAUCAUCGUCAUGUGAUUGAAAAAAGUUCGUGGCCCGUACUAUGUGACGUUUCAGAAAUAUAUCAAUUAAAGAAUACCUUUUAAAGAGAUUUCUAGGGAGUCUCCUGGAUGAGACGCAACACUGCGUCGAAAAAGCCUCAAACAACCUUUCCAUAAGCAUUUGAUGAUUGCUAACUCGGAAGGCGUGGUUAGGAUUCACUUUACGAGAGAAGGACGGUAGACUAUCAGUAUAAACUUGUGAAAGGGACUUUUAACUCGAUGAUCAACCAGUUUGCACUCAUAUUUUGGGAGGCAACUGAAGAAUCUCUUCUCAUAAGUUUCAGUUUCGCGAAGAAUUGAUGUAUACAAUAGAAUAGGUUCAUCUUACAACAUGUUUGGCCAAAUUAUAGGAUAUUACAAGUUUUGCUGUGAGGGAGUCUAUUGUCCUGAUUGCCCACUGGAACUGAACAUCUCAAGCCUCGGACAAAAUCUGACAGUGAACUCAGCAGCGAGCCUGUCCUGUGUUAACACAUCAUUUGAGGUAGUUUUUAACACGAUUGGUCAACCUGGAAAUUUUAAUGUGAAGGUGAGAAGCUCUCAUUUAAUUAGCGAUCAUCAUUUAAGUGAUGACUCCCACUACAAUUAUGGCAACAAAUUCACAAGAAAUCAUGCCAUAUUUAUUUGUAAAAUUUGGCAAGAAUAUGAAUCAUGAUUAAGCAAACGAAUGAUAAACUUUGAAAUUGUAGGCUUUGUUUUUCCUCAGCGUUUUGUUUUGGUUUUAUUCAUUUUUAUUUUCUUGUUUUAAUCAACUUGUCAUCGGUAAAAGUAGAAACCCAUUGGUCUUUAUCUAUCUAAGAGUGUGUCGAUCCCGUCACCUUAAAAAUAAAAGUAAAACAUAUGUAGUCGAAACUUUGUGGCCCACACUACAUCUUGUGACAAACGAGAGUAGUGCAUUACUUGUGCAUUAACCAGGUUGGAUGAAUACAAAUCUUUUAUUUGAUAAGAACCUAGCCCUUAAGGUAAAGCAAAGUGGUGCAUGCACGAAUGAUAAGCCUUUCUUCACUGUAUUAUGUAAUAUUUGGAAGUAGUACCUAACCCAUGCGUUGUGAUUAUUUUCAGGCCAGCUAUUCAUUCGCGGAUCAUCCAGAGGAGAUUCUCGAUGAGCGAGUUUUGGGACAAGUAGAUCUAAAAGGUAUCUCCUUUUGCACCAUCUUAUAGGAAUACAAGAAUUACUGUGUUUGUGUGAAUCCACUGUGUUGCUCUUUGACCACUGCUAACUGAAAUUUAUUUUUUGGUUUUCCUCAAAAGCGGUGGUGCUAGAAGAAUGCUACUUCGAGUCUGGAAAAUGCGACUGGACUAGCCCACAUGCAAAUUCCAAGUGGAAACUCUUUCCUGGUACGAAAUCUAUAAAAUACCUCUGUAACCUUUAGUACUUAAGAGGAGAAGGGCAGCACUGCGAGCAACAGUUAUGAUUUUAUAAUUGACUCGAUUUCAUGCUAGAAUAAAUUAUUACGCUACAAAUCACUCCCUAAAAGAAAUAAUGUUUGAAUUAUAGGGCUGAAGUUAAGGAGAUCUGAACCCAGCUGUCAAAGACUAUGAUCCUAAAUUCAGAAUCUUUUUGGUCGAACAUCAUUACUGAUAGAAAAAAAUAUUAAAAAACAUUUUAUGCUAUGAAAUUUACUUUACAUAUUUUUAUAUGGCCCUUACAAAGCGCAGUUACAGAGUCCACUAUUACCAUGGGAACCCUUUCAUCGAGUGGUUGGCUUGUGCUUACGGUUUACUUACCGUAUACCUGUUAAAUCAAAGUCAACCAUAAAAGUUCUUCUACGAGAACCAAGAAAAGAGGAGCCAAUUUUAGCAUGGCAGCUUAGGGGAUACCAUGGCAAAGAAUGGUCAGCGGCAGAGGUGUCUUUGCCCGGCGCUACAGCAGUUCAGGUCUGUAAGUUAUGACGAUUAAAUUUAUUUGAUUGAAUUCUUCAUUAAUUUCUGGAGUUCAUAUUUUAUCACUUUCCUUACGAAUCUUUGAUAUUUGCUAUGACAGGUGAUGAUACGUACUUCAUUAAUCUCUUUGUCUAGAUUAUAUUUGGGGGAGAAGGCCUCCUUCAUAACCAAGUAAAUGCAGCAAUCAAGAACGUGAUUGUAACUACCGAGAAAUGUGGCUUUCUACCAUACUUUGCAAAACCAGGUUAUAUUUGCCGGUUCUCUUCUCUUUACUUUUUUGUUUAUUGCUGGUUUGGAGCAUGACAAGAUUUUGUAAACCUUUAACAAAAAGAGAGAAAAAAGAACUAUUAUCACAAACAUCACUGAUUCUUUGAAUUCACAUAAAAUAAAAGGGCAUAUUAAGUUUGCAUGCAUUUGAUGGAUGAUGAAGAGAAAAGAAAGGAAAAAAUCAAAUGUUUUCUUAGCUCUCAGUGAUCACAUUGGAUUUUCAGGUUUUAGUUGCGGGAAUAAACAGUUUCAAUGCAAGAAUGGUGAAUGUGUGAAGAUAAAUUUGCGAUGUGAUGGCGACUUUGCUUGUACCGAUAAAUCAGAUGAAGAAAAUUGUGAAUGUCACUCCAAUAAGUUCGCUUGUCUGGAUGGAAUAUGUCUUCCAGCAUCAGCUGUAUGUAACGGUAUAAAUGACUGCUCUAAUGGAGAUGAUGAAAAUAACUGCCGUGAGUAAAUGUACCUUUGCCAUCUACUUUUUGAGUCUUGAUUUAAUUAGAGUGACACUCGCUAUUUGCCCUUCCCAUCUGUGUUUGCUGAGUUGCAUUUCCACAUAGUUUGGAAUUACUGCUUUUUAGGAAAUAAGUGCCCCUUUAAGCAUCACUGUCUUGAUGGAUCAUGCAUUGCUUGGUCAGGGACCUGCAAUCGAGAGCCUUUCUGCAAGGAUGGAACUAACACUCCAUCAGUAUGCGGUAAGUAAGGCACAGAAAACUUCUUAACCAAUAAGGUGUAUUUUUUGAAGACACGUUUUUGUAUCGAAGGCCUGAGAUUUCAGGCCUCUGUUUUGAUCUAGUCAUAAUCCAUUUAUCACUGAAAGAUCACAAAAUAAGCUAUGUGAGCCAUAAAUGGACAUGAUUAUAAGAAGUUAGAGAUAAAAGCUGCGUCUUCGUGAAAUCAUGGUUAUUAACUUUGGUUCUACAAGCGUAAUGGACGACAACGAUGUUUCUGAAAUGUUCUAAUUGCGAGAGGUGUCCAAUAUGUAAAUUUUUGUCUUUAUCGAAUUCUUAUGAACUAGUGAAGACAAAUGAGAAUCUUCUGGGGAGGGAAGCUUUCGUUUCGGUGGAACCAAAUUCUCAACAACUUAUUGAUUAUGUCGUCCUCAAUUGGCGGAAUUAAUCCUUGAAGCUUGACAGUGAAGUUAGUAGUAUGUUUCAUGGAGUCAAUAAUUUCCAUUGCAGGAUCUGGGAAAUGCCGCCUUAACGACUUAGCGUGUUCAGCCAAAGAGUCCAAAGCACCAACAAGAUGUAAAUCUUUCAGGAGUAAG